ACUGGACUGCAGCAAACUGCUCUUUCACCAUUGAGCCUUUUCAUCCGGCAGCGCAGUCAGCUCGCUCCCAAGUCGGUUCAGCACAUUAAACGACACAAGGGCCGUAUACCUAUUCCCAUCGGGGGUUCAACGAAGGGUACAACGUUGGCUUAUGGCGAGUGGGGAAUCAGGAUAAAGGGGAACGGGGCUCGUCUUAGCGCUAAACAGCUUACAACCGCGCAGGAGGUCAUCAUGAAAAAGUUGAGGGUGAUGAAGGGGGCCAAAGUCUACCUGAGGGUGUUCCCGGACAUUCCGGUUUGCAUCAAGGGUAACGAGACGCGUAUGGGAAAAGGAAAGGGAACUUUUGAAUUUUGGGCGACUCGCGUACCCACGGGACGCGUUAUAUUCGAGAUAGGAGGGAUUCCUAUUCGCGAAGAACUUGCUAGGGAGAUUCUGCGGCUAGCAUCGUCCAAGCUCCCAACGAAAAUGGAGUUCAUCAAUCGUUCUAGUCCACCACGACUAGGCAAUCUCCUUCUUCAU